CAUGUGACUGGAGAAAACUUCCGGCAGCGCCUGUCACCUGUGGUGACAAACAUGGCUGCGCUCUUUAUUGGGGAUUGUCAGAAAUGUAAAUAGAGUCCGAGUACGGGCGCAGGGAAGGGGGAGCUAACGUAGUGCGGCACCUCCCAAACAUUGUGUCUGUAGGAAGCGUAGCAGUGAGGAAACGUAUGGCUGCAACUGGAGGAAAGGACUCUCUAUGGGAAGGAGAAUAUUACAAAGCUGUAAGAUGAAUCUGAACAUCCUUCUGGUGCCAGGACUCACACUGCCUGAAGGGACCAAUCCACCAGUGAGAGUAUCCCUGACAAGGCAGAAGCACCCUACUCUCUGCAGUCUUUGCCCUCAAGGGGAACUUCACCUGACAGCGCUCCCAUAUGAAGGCUUCCACACAACCCAUACUCAGCUGGAAGGACUUUUCUCUCAUUUCCUGUGGGAAAAUGCUGAUGGGAAUGAAGAACCAUCUGACAACAUCCCCCGUCUUCUUACUCUGAGUGGGAGCAAUGAAGUUGCUGUUCAUGGCCUGCAUGUUGCAGACGGGCACUUGAAUGUGACCACCAUCUUUCUUUGCGAUGAGGACACUUUGAGGAAACUUUGUGCAGAUAACCAUGUUUGUGUGUCCUCAGUCAUCUGUGUUCGGCUAUUGUCCCUACAAGGAGAUGAUGUUCUGCUGUUGCUGAGUAGCAGUGUCUUGUUGCAUCUUCACUUUUCUUCAGAAGAUAACAGUCUAAAACUUUUAUCCUGCUUAUGCUUGGAUUUGGGUUUCGAAGCAACAGAGCGCAUUUCAGAUGUAUGUUUAAAAAGUGGGCUGUUGUUUAUGCUGGAUACUUAUGGUUUUGUAUAUGUUUAUGAUACUGUAGAUGGCUCACCCAUCUUCACCAUGGAACUUCCACUAAGACCAGAGAAUGCUGCUUUAGAUCCACUCAACAGUAUUUGUGUGUCUGAUGACCUAGGCUUAUUUGUAGUCACCACUGCUGCUUCCUGGGCUCUCUCUGUGCAACUCUGUGAAGAUGCCAGAGAGAUCUCAGAUCACGCAGUAUCUGCCUGGCACAGUGAUCAUGUCCCAGAUCUACAUAUAUCAGGUGCAGAUGAAGAGAGACUGAGUAGUUGUCAUGAAAGUGUUUGUACCCCUAGAUGUACCUUACGCUCAGACAGAUCUUGGGAUGCCACACUGUCUUCACUAUGCAAUGAGAUCAUGAACUCUUCAGACACGUUUGUGUGCUCCAAGAACCCUUAUCUAUGGCCUUGUAACCUUCCUUUAAAAGUACCUCUCAGUGGGAUCCCUGUGGGGGAAGGCUGGGUGAGGAUUGUUUCUGAAGGGUUGGAUGAUCCUUUGAGUCUCCACAUCGGGUCUGUCACUUCCUUCAGUGCUGUACUGUGUCUUUUUGGGAUGGAUGGCUUACUUAACAUGAUACAAUGGGACAUGCAAUCAAAGGAAAUCUCUUCCUAUCCCUUGGGAAAGGCUCACUUUGUUCACUGUUCUCAGGAAGAUGCUUGCCUGGUGAUGUCAGAUCGAGGGCUAUCUCUAGUGGUGUUUUCUGCUUCACAAGAGGAAUUCCUGACCAGAUUAAUGAUUCAUGGCAGUGCAAGUACAGCAGAUACCUUAUGUCUUCUAAAUAAGUGGGGCCGUUGCUCCGUUCCCAUUCACACACUAGAGGCUGGUCUAGACAACAGACAGUUAGACACUGUUGACUUUUUCCUGAAGAGCAAAGUAAGCAUCCUAAACCCUUUGAUCUCUGAGGAGCCUCCCGAUGGCAUCCAGGCGGAACGCUAUCUGCAAAAUGUGCAGGAUCUUCUGCCAGCUCUUGAUCUUCUUGUCUCCUACAUCAGAGAAACAGACCAGGAGACACAAAGCAAGCACUUCUCUGAGCAGUUGUUGCAGCUCACUCUUGGCUUCCUGAAUGGACAACUUCAUCUGCUCUGUGCGCUGCUAUCUGAGUCAAGUCCUGCAUUGCAGCAAGCUGUUGAGAUUCUUAUGGGUUAUAUAACCAAGCUACGCCGCUUCAUGAAGAAAUUUAUGGAACAGCCACAACCUGUGGACGUCCCAGGUAUUGAGGGACAGUUACACUCUUGGAAGAAUCUGUCAUUGGAGCAAAUAAUCUCUGAUGCCAUUUUGACAAACCGCAUUCCUGAGGCCCAGGUAUUCCUGCGUGCUGAGGGUCAUCAAGCUUGCAGCCUGACAUGGUUGAAACAAGAAGGCCUUAAUCUGGUGUACAAAUGCCUGCUGGAGACACGCCUGCAAGAGGCUCGUCAGCUUCUCCGAAAUAUGGGCUUUUCUGUCAUGAAUGAGCUUAAGCGCAUUUGUUUGCACACAUCAGAUCGGGGCGUCAGGACAUUGCUGGUAGAUCUCCUGCAGAGAGAGGGGUGUUUUUCAGACCAAGAGCAGGAAGAUAUUCAAACUGUGAUCCAUUUGGAAGAAGUUUACUGUUGUCCACAAAAAAGGACUAAAGAGAGUCAUAAACUUCUGCCUCACAGGCUUGUACAGAGGCUUUUCACUGGAUCUCAGGAACCAGAAGUCCUACAAGCAGCUUUGACACCUUCUAAGAACAAGUCACACAUGGUCCUCCUCUACUGGGCUCAGGGCUGGGAUUUGGAAACAAAGGAAGCUAUUUUACUGCCCCUGAGGAACAGUCAAGUAGAUAUGGGUUUCUCACACCCAAGAAAUCUGUGGUGUCAUCUUACUUUAUGGCAUGCAUGGCAGAGGAUUUCUUCAUGGAUAGAAUCUUUAGAAAAACAUGGAAAGACAAGUAACAAUGAUCUCUCAACAUGGCCUCUUCUGACUCCAGAAAUAGUGGAGUCAUGCACCCUCUGUUGUGACUAUACAAAGCAGAAGAUCCUGGACAAGUUAGCAAGAAUGGAAAUAUUUGUCCCUUCUGAGCAGCAGAAUUUUGAGGCCCUUGUGGAACGUAUGGCAGUUAGUAGGAGCAUGAUGCCGUUUCCUGUCUCCAACCCUCAGUGCAGCACCUCUGAGAAUCAAGAUCGUCACACCCACUUCGUUUUGCUGUGUGCUGAGCAGAGUCUUCACUACCUAUUGUACACAUAUCUGGAUUAUCACAGGUUGAAUUCUCAGCUUUGCUCUGCUUUGGGCAAUACAACCUUGCAUGAAACCUUGCCUUGGUUUGCAUUUUUGGUACAGAUACGAGGUGUCAAAGACAACUCUGAAGAUCCAAGCCGCAUGUUUAAUGCUAGCCUCUCCAAUGCCCAUAUGGUGAUGCCAGGGUACCAGCCUAGUAUGAGCAGCAUGCUGCUGGAGGGACACACAUUGCUCGCCCUUGCAACCAAUAUGUAUGCACCUGGUGGCAUUGACAGGGUGUUGGAGCAGCAUGGAGAGUCAGAUUCUGGUCAUAGAAAUGUAGACCCUCAGCUUCUUAAAAUGGCUUUAGCUCCAUAUCCGAAGCUCAAGGCAGCUCUCUUCAGUACACACCCAGCUACUGUCAGUUCUCCCUCUGACAUUUCACUUUACCAUCUCCUACAGGCUCUCUCCCCAUUUCAGCCUACACACUUCUUCACAUGGCAGUCGGUAAAUACCCUUGCUGCAAGUGACAACAGUGCAGUGCUCCCACAUUGCUCAAGUCCAGCCUUGGUCAGCAAGUUCUCUGUGGGUGAGCAACUAGAUGUCUUCUUCUUCCUGCGGAGCGGGCGACCAUCAGUCGCAUUCGCUACCUUUCUGGUGUUUCAGCUACUAAGAAGCAAAACCCCCCAACAGCUAAUCAAGCAAGUUGCUGAGGAUGUUUAUUCCCUGGCACUGUCUUCAUUUCAUCUCUCCUCUGUGCUUGCUUCAUGCUGCUGCUUCUUUGAGUUACUGGGUCUCAACAGCCACAAGCUUCGAGUGGAUGUGAACGUUGCACACAUGAUACUAAGUCACUCAGCUUCUCUGCAUGAGGAUCCAGGGGUACACAAAUCCCAGGCACAAGCUUUAGCUCACAGACUUUGCAGACUGGUGGAGAAUGAGAGAGAAGCAGCCAUGGAUAUUUUACAUAGCCUGGAGGAAGCUGUAUUUUCUGAAGAGUGUCAAAACAGCUCAUCUCUACCCACUGGCUCCUGUUUAACUAUUCAGCAGUUCUGCCUCCUCCAUUCUAUUCCCAUGAGCACUAGGUAUUUGAGGAGCUGCGCACAGCAACAAGACUGGCUGCAGUUACUUGUGAACACACACACUCAGGAACAGGUCCUAUGUGUAGCUGAAAAGUUGAGCCCGGCACUUAAUAAUCACAUAAUGCUAUCAUUGCAAGAUGCAAAUUCAGAUGCACAAAUCUCUGAAUAUGACUUGGAAAGAUCUGAAAAUGAUACAGUGACUGCCAGUUUGUACAAUAUAUUGCUUGGGUGCCAGAAGACUGGGCAGCCAGGCCGCACACUUCUAAAGGAAUGUAUUAAGCACAGAGCUCCAUUGCUGAGUGUGCUUGCUGCAUAUAUGCAGGACACCAACCAAAUUGCUUGCCUGUGUGUGUGGCUUGUAACCUCUGUAGAUCCGGCCAAUUGUGCAGAACUCACAAAUAUGCUUUCGGUUGCUUCAGAUCAUGAGUGGGACUUGCAAGAUCUGACACGGAUUUGGGAAAUCUUGCUGGAGAGAAAAGAUAGCCAGACUUUGUACAAAGCAUUCAGCAUCUUUUUAGAGGACUGUCCCCUUCUUCUCUUACUUGAACUGUAUGAGCUUUGCCUGCAACAUAAAUACUAUCUGGAGGCUGGACAGAAAAUAGAUGAUUUCCAAAGAUGGAUGAUGAACGAUGACACUGAAGAUACAGAGUUAUCGCUUCUCAUUCCACUGCCCUGGUUGCUACAAAGAGCUUCUCAACUUCUGCAGCUCCUUCUCUUGCAGACCCAGACUCCAUAUGAAUUGCGGAAGGUUUUGCAGCUUCUGAGUGACAAAGCUAAACCACAGUUAUUUGGCGGAAUAGAUGUUCAUAAGCUGAGUGAUCUAACCUCUAUUCUUCAAGACCACCCUAUUGCCAUUAGCAAAGAAUUAAUAUGCCACUAUAGUCCUGAAGCCCUGCAGGUUGAGUGUCAAAGGCUUAUACAGAUGCUGUUGGACAAAAGGAUUUUUUCUCUUGCACAAAGAGUAGCAGAACUAGCAGAAUUGCCCACUGACAGUAUUGUCAUAGAAGAGGUGUUGCAGGACCAAUGUCUCUUAAAAGAGGUUGGGCAGUGGGAGAAUUCUCAAAGCCGUGUACAGUACUGGAGAAAAUGCCACCAGGUGUUUAGCGCCACGGAGCUCUCCCCAGCUGCAGCGUCUGACUUCUUCUGCUCUCAGACUCUUUCUCUUGUAGCGCCUGAAUGCUUGCUUAGGGAUCAGACAGAGUUUUUGGCAGAGCAGGAGAUGCUGUUUACCCUUGCUGGGCACUGGAGGUCCCUAAGUAACACUGCUUCUAUAGAAGUCCUGGAGGAAAUUGAGCAGAAGAUUUGGAAAUGUCGCCUGGCAAGAGAAGUAUUGAGUAAACAUGGAGCUGCUAGUCAACUCUGUACUCUGCCUUCAUUUGCUAGCUUGACCCUGGAGUUUUCAUUCUCAUCUUUGCCUGCACUAAACUCUCCUUCGCUUCUUCAUAUCUCUAAUUUGCCACCGCUUGGUACUCCUAGCAGUUUGUUGGACAGAGAACAGACCAAAGCAUUGAGCUCUUUGGUUGACUGCCUGUUGGAUGAGAGCCGUGUGCACGAGGCCAGUCGGGUAUGCAGGUACUUUCUGCUACCUCAUUAUGAUCUUUGGCUACUGCUGAACUGCAGGGCACUAGCAACAGGAGAGACCGUAAGGGACCAACUGCAUCCGGAAAUUCAAGCUAUCCUCGGUGAAGGCAGCGAACGCCGGGAAAGCAUAUGGCACCAGAGGAAAAGACUGCACAGCUCCUCCUCUCUGGACACCGCCAUGCCCCCUGUACCCAGUGAUCCUGUGCUCUUAGAUCUGGAAAUUCUGAAGGACAGGUGCUCCCAUGGCAAAACCUACUGCCAACAGCUGCUGUGUCUUUACGAGUUAAGCCAGGACCUGGGAUGUUCCUUCUCAGAUAUCUCCUCUCGAGAUCCCGGCGAGAUUCUACGCUCUCUGCUUUCUUCUCAGCGUCCCGAGCUCACAGACAGAGCACAAGCAGUCAUCAACUUCCACGGACUGUCGCCGCAAACAGUGGCACAGAUUGUGGCAGAAGAGGGUGUGAGAGUCUGGCGGGCAGGGCCCGUGGAAGUUUAUAAUGCCUCUGAAAUAAGGCAGCGCUUUUUGCAGCUUGUAAAACUUUGCCAGGACCCAACUCUGGUUGGAUUAACGCUACUUGACUAUCUAGAAAAUGUGCCACUGACUGAGCAACACUGCAUUAUUGAACUCCUGAUUUCUGCCCACGAUUGCUUCAGUUUAACGUGCCAUCUUGAAGGAAUUCGACGGGUGCUUCAGGCAUGUCGACACCUAACCGAGAGUCACUUGGCGGCUAACCAAGAAUACAGCCUUAUGGUUCGCCUACUCUCUGGGAUUGGUCGUUAUAAUGAGAUGGUUUAUGUGUUUGACAUUCUGCACAAGGAACAGCACUUUGAGGUUCUGCUGAGGAAACAGCUAGAUACAAAGGGGGGACUGCAGACUGCUCUUUUGGAAUACAUUAAGCGCUGCCAUCCAGGAGACAGCGAGAAGCACAACAUGACUGCGCUCUGCUUCAGUUUGCACCGUGACAUUGGCCACAACCAUGAGCAGGCAGCUUUGAUCCAGCUCAAACUCAUCCAGUCUAGGGCAUGGGAAUACUGGAUGUCUGAAUUGGUGGAGUUGAGAUCUGCACUAAUGAAAGCACUUACCCUCCUAAUAGAUGCAGCUGAGAGCUACUCAAAGGAUUCCUGCGUCCGUCAGUCUCUGCGCUGUGCUCGCCUUACCCGUCUGUUGACUCUGCAGCUUCAUCUGCUAAACAACAGUCAUCAAACUAAAUUAAUCAACCUGGAUAGAGAGAACUUGAUGGAGCCAAUACUGGAACUGCCACGUUUCUACCAGGCAGUCAUUGUUACAGAGGCCUAUGAUAUACAGCCAGACUGGGCAGAGGUUUUAUAUCACAAGGUGAUUCUUGCUGGAGACUUUCAGUAUUUAAAUGAAUUCAAGCAGCGAGAACUGCUACGGAGUGGAGUGUUCCAGCAACUGUCUGACAAGUGUAAAUUACAGCCUCCAGGAGCUACCGGACUUCAAAAUCUGAAGAGAGUGCUCGGUUACUGCGAAGAUACCUAUACCCGCUACAAACUGGCCUUGGAAAACCAGUUCUAUGAUGUGACCGAUGUUUUAAUGAGAGACUCACAAACCCGCUGCUGCCUGACUGACAUGCUGUCUCGGUAGAAGACAGGGCAAAAUGGAAGGAUAACACUGAGGCACAAAUGUGAAUAUGCCAUGACAUUGUUUGUUACAUGAACAGUUUGAAAUGGCUUAGCUGGCUAAGUGUCCAAACUGCUGUCUUAUAUCUCUUUCUUUGCCACAAGGGGCUUUUAUUUGCCCUCAUCUCUGGUAUUUGGAGCUUAUUAAAUGUUAAUAUCUUCUUAAGAACAACCAUA